CGUUGGUGGAGGACCAGGACAGGAUGGUGCGUGGCCUGCAGCUGCUGCUGGUCCUGGGGCUGCUGCGGCCGGGCGAGGGGCAGCCCCUGCUUGUGGAGCCAGCAGACCCCGUGGUGGCAGUGGCCCUGGGCGCAUCUCGGGACCUUACCUGCAGCCUGGCCUGCGCCCCUGGCCCGGCAGCCGUGCACUGGCGGGGCCUGGACACCGGCCUGGGCUCCGUGCGCUCCGACCCUGGCCGCAGCGUCCUCUGGCUGCACCGCGUGUCUCUCAGGGACGAGGGUCCACGUGUGUGCAGGGGCUCCUGCGGCGGCCGCACCUUCCAGCACCGCGUGCAAGUCCUGGUCUACGCCUUCCCGGACCAGCUGACUGUUUCCCCGGCCGCUCUGGAGCCUGAGCAGCAGGACGCACAGGUCGGGUGCACAGCUCACAAUGUCACACCUUGGGACCCGGACACACUGUCCUUCUCCCUGAUUCUGGGGGACCAGGAGCUGGAGGGAGUCCAGAUCCUGGGCAGGGAGGAGGAGGAAGAGGAGGAAGCAACCCCAGAGGCCGAGGGUCCGCUGUUCCGGGUGACACAACGCUGGCUGCUGCCUGCCCUGAGGCCCCGAGUCCCGACCACCCUGCACUGCCAGGUCACCAUGCGGCUGCCUGGCCUGGAGCUCAGCCACCGCCAGCCCCUUCCAGUCCUGCACAGCCGGACCACUCCAGAACUCCCCAGUCCAUCCUUGCCAGAGACCCCGGAUCCGACCUCGCUGAAGCCCUCCAAUCUGAUCUCUCCGGAGCCCCCCGAAUCCACCGCCACAGCGCACCCCGAAUCUUCCUCCACAGCGCACCCCGAAUCUUCCUCCACAGCGCACCCCGAAUCUUCCUCCACAGUGCACCCCAAAUCUACCUCCACUGCACACCCCGAAUCCACCUCCAUAGAGCACCCAGAAUCCACCUCCACUGCGCACCCCGAAUCCAUCUCCGUGGAGCCCCGUGACCCCCUCUCCCCGCACAGCACCAGCAGCCCCCGCAGCUGCCGCCCCGAGAUCCUCCAGGCACCCCCAGCAGUGAUGGAGAAAGCAACCGGCUGGGGGCUCCUGUGCCAGGCACCCUGCGGGCCUGGGGUGACAGUGCGCUGGACACUGGCUCCCAGGGGCCUGGCCGCCUACCAGAGGAGGGAGGCCGGGGCCAGGGCGUGGCUGAGUGCGCUGUUGACCGACCCCGCCCCCGAGGGCUGGUUCCAGUGCCGGCUGGAGCCCGGCGGCCAGGUGGCCAGCCUGUACGUGCCAGGCCAGAGCCCAGUCCCCAGUGCCUCAUCCAGCCCUGAGGUUGUCCCGCAGCCCACAGCCCUGUGGAUGGGCGGCGUGGCCCUGGGGCUGCUGCUGCUGCUGGCUCCGGUCGCCUAUCACCUGUGGAAGCAUCAGUGGUCAGCAGCCGGGGACCUCACUCACCCACCUGUCUGCCUGGGGCUGCGUCCUGGACAGGACUCCGAGAAGUGGCUGGCCACUCCCCUCAGCGAGCUGCAGGGCCCUGGGCCAGGGCAGGGCUGACUGUGCGCCCCGACCCCUGUCCACCACUGGCUGGGCUUCCACCACCUGGAGGGGCCCCGGCUGGAGAAUAAAGGCCACAUGCUCUGACCA